UCUGGGUGUAGCAGACCAGCAAUGCAUCUGUACCUGCUCCUCUCGCUCUGUGUGUCUCUGUUAGUGCCGGCACACAGCAGCACUUCAGGGACUGACAUCUCGGACUCAGAAAUAAAGGCAGUGUCUGAGUUACUCUAUAAGCUGGAUGUCAACAGGGCCUCUUCCGCUGAACUUGUGAUCGACCGUCAGACCCUGAUUCCUGACUCUGCGACCGGCUUGGAGAAGGACCUCUCCCCCCGCCCGCUAUUCAAGUUUGUGGAUGAGGAUUCCCUAUUCUCCAAGCCCACAUUCUCCGCCCUCCUGGCUCUGCUGGACAACUACCACAGGCAGACUGGACAGACGGAGAACUUUUCAGAAGCUCAGGUGGCUGAGCAGGAUAGGUUCCUCCAUGAGGUCAUCUCCAAGACGGAUGUGGGAAGAGAGCUCUACUCCUUCCUCCACAGCAAAGGCCGCUACAGCUCAGAGGCAGAGUUCAUACAGGACCUGAAGAUGAUGUGGUUCGGUCUCUAUUCUCGCAGCAGCAACAAGAUGGAUUCCAGUGGUUUUGAACACAUCUUUUCAGGAGAGAUUAAAGGCGGGAAGGUGUCUGGUUUCCACAACUGGGUCCGGUUUUACCUUCAGGAGAAGGAAGAGUCACUCAACUACUACAGUCACAGCUUUGAUGGACCUUGGACCACUUUCCCUGAUGUGAUGGGCAUGCAGUUCGAGUGGGGCGGCUACUUCAAGCAAGUUGGCUCCUCCAUUAUUGGCAGCAGCCCGGAGUUUGACCUCGCCCUCUACAGCCUGUGUUACAUCAGCAGACCAGGAAAGAGAUGUCACCUCAGCCUGGGAGGGAAGGCAAUGAGCAUUCAGACCUAUACCUGGGACAACUCGUCAUACGGCAACGGGAAGAAGUACAUCGGUUCGGCCUACCCAGCCACCCCUUAGGCUGUCUGCGGGGCCUCAUGGAACACGCUAAAGGGCAAAUACAAACCCAGCUUGAUCAGACGUUUUAUUGUUGUUAGUAGAUGUGAGACUCUUCCUCCCUCUAUAUCAUUCUCUAUUCUCUGUCCAUCUAUGAAUGCCAUUGUAUGUACAAUAUAUCAGCAGUCCAAAACCUUCA